UGCACGCGCCUCCAUGAGCACGCGUCCGUCCGGCGUGCGCUUGUUGCGAUUGCGCUUUCGCAGUCUUGAAUUUGUCCCGUGGAUGCUCCUGAGAAGGGGAAGCUCUCUGAUUUCUGCAAGCGCUGCAAAAGUGUUGGAGGGCGCGAGACGACGCACGCGGCGGAGCCGACGGGAGCGGACUUGCUGAGAGAAUCCUAUUUUGGAGGAGAGUGGGACGAAAGUGCGAGCUGACGAACGACAGAAACAAGGACGACAGCGGGAAUCCUGCAGCAGAAAUCUGUUUUCCAGUGUUUUGGAGCGCAUGCCCCCCGGAGGAGCUUGUUGUCUGAACUGUUGAGUCCGACCAGACCGGCUCCAGACGCCGCUGAGCGCACCAGCCGCUCCGGACAUCAGCUGAUCGAAGCGUGAUUUAAGAUCAUAAUAACGGUAAUAAAUACAUAUAAUGGGCUGUUUUUCUUCUGACGGGGACAGCACAUUGCUCUAACUCUGGCGGAUCAUGUCGGGGGUUCACGCUUCAGAGACCGUCUCGGGACAUUUCUUGGACCCUGCCAUCAGCGCACCAACAGCCCAGGGCGCGACCAACCUAACGGGGAUCACCGGAGAUGGGGCCGCGGUGCCUCCCACCGCUACCCGGACCUACUUGGAGGUGUCGAGCGCUGCUCAGUGCUUCGGGGCUGAGGAGGUGUUCACCAACGGACGGUACCGGGAGCACGGCAGUCCACGGAUCGGGAGCGGCAGUCGUGAUAAUUCCGCGGAGAGGAUUCAGGGAUCUGGAAACGCACCUUGCGGCAUCAUGAAGGAUGGUUCCAAACAGAAACAGGUCAGGAAGAAAACCGUGUCCUUCAGCUCAAUGCCGAGCGACCGUAAGAUCAACAGCACAGCUGCUUGCAUUGCCUUUAUGAUGGAGGGUUGUGAGAUGAAGAAAGUGCGCUCCAACUCACGCAUGUACAACCGCUACUUCCUGCUCGACCCAGACAUGCACUGGCUCCGAUGGGAGCCAUCUAAGAAGGAUUCAGAAAAAGCCAAAUUGGAAAUCAAAAGCAUUAAGGAAGUCCGUUUAGGGAAGAAGACCCCUGUUCUACGCAGCAAUGGUCUCUCUGAUCAGUUUCCUGAUGAGUGCGCCUUCUCAAUAAUCUAUGGAGACAACUAUGAGAGCUUAGAUUUAGUUGCCAGUACAGCAGAUGUGGUCAGCACAUGGGUCAUGGGCCUAAGAUAUUUGGUGUCCUAUGGCCGACACACUGUGGACAUAGUGGAACCCAGUCAACCAAGCCUAAGAACAUCUUGGAUUGGCUCAGUCUUUGAGCUAGCUGACAUGGAAAAAGAUGGACUUAUAGACUUAUUCAGAGCAACUCAGAUAAUCAAGGGUCUCAAUCCUGGUAUGAAAGAAUCUAGGAUAGAGCUGAAAUUUAAGGAAUUACAGAAAGCCAAAGACCAAUAUGGGGAAGCUAUUAACAUGGACACGUUUGUGGAGGCUUAUUGUGAGCUCUGCACACGACCAGAGAUUUUCUUCCUGUUAGUUCAGUUCUCCAGCAACAAGGAGUACCUGGACAGUAAAGAUCUGAUGCUGUUUGUGGAUGUGGAGCAGGGUGUGGAGGGCGUGACGGAAGAAAUGUGCAGGGAUAUUGUUCAGAAAUUUGAGCCGUCGGCCAAAGGUAGAGAAAAGGGCUACCUUUCCAUUGACGGUUUUACACACUACCUCCUGUCCUCUGAAUGCCACAUUUUUGACCCGCAGCACAAACGAGUGUGCCAGGAUAUGACCCAGCCUCUUUCCCACUACUAUAUAAACUCCUCACAUAAUGCCUCCCUUCUAGAUGACCAUUUCUGGGGUUCAUCAGACAUCAGCAGCUACAUUCGAGCUUUAAGGAUGGGAUGUCGCAGCAUUGAGAUCAUAGUAUGGGAUGGCCCUGACAAUGAGCCAGUGGUAUAUGUAGGUAGUUCUGUUGCUUCACAACUAGCUUUCUCUAAAGUUCUGGACAUUAUAAACCAGUAUGCUUUUGAAAGCUCUGAGUAUCCUCUUAUUCUCUGUUUGGUGACCCACUGCUGUAUUCCUCAACAAAGAGUCAUGGCACAACACCUAAAGAAGAUUCUUGGGGACAAGCUAUACCUUGAACCCCCCAACAAUGAGGAAAACUACUUACCCUCUCCUCAGAAACUUAAAGGUAAAAUACUCCUCAAGAGUAAAAAGUUGCCACCCAACUGCACUGAUACUGAAGGUGAUGUAACAGAUGAGGAGGAGGGCCUGGAAAUGUCCAGAAGAGUUGGAGCUGAUGAGAAGGACCAACUGAAUGGUUUGGGCUACAAGAGACUUAGGCUCUGCAGAGAGCUAUCUGACCUUGUGUCUUUCUGCAAGUCAGUGCAGUUCAGGGACUUUGAAAUCUCCAAGAAGGAACAGAAAUACUGGGAAAUGUGUUCCUUCAACGAGGUGGAUGCAAACAGAUUUGCCAAUGAAUUUCCAGAGGAAUUUGUCUGCUAUAACAAGCGCUUCCUCUCCAGGGUAUAUCCCACAUCCAUGAGGAUCGAUGCCAGCAAUAUGAAUCCCCAGGAUUUCUGGAAGUGUGGUUGUCAGAUUGUGGCAAUGAAUUACCAAACACCAGGCCUGAUGAUGGACCUUAACCUUGGUUGGUUCAGGCAAAAUGGCAACUGUGGGUAUGUUUUGAGGCCAGCCAUCAUGAGAGAGGAGGUGUCCUACUUCAGUGCCAAUGCUCGGGAUUCCUUGCCAGGAGUGUCAGCUCAGCUUCUCCACAUCAAGAUCAUCAGUGGCCAGAAUCUGCCUAAGCCUCGUGGCUCUGCUGCUAAGGGUGAUGUGGUUGAACCCUACAUAUACGUAGAAAUCCACGGCAUACCAGCUGACUGUGCCGAGCAACGAACCAAAACUGUGUCCCAGAACGGAGACAAUCCUAUUUUUGAUGAAAGCUUUGAGUUCCAGAUUAAUUUACCAGAACUUGCAGUUUUACGCUUUGUGGUUCUGGAUGAUGACUACAUUGGAGACGAGUUCAUUGGCCAGUACACCAUCCCGUUUGAGUGCCUACAACCAGGCUAUAGGCAUGUCCCACUACAAUCUCUCACAGGGGAAUUCCUUCCCAACACCACCCUAUUUGUUCAUGUGGCUAUUACCAACAGGCGAGGUGGAGGAAAGGCACAUAAAAGGGGUAUAUCUGUGAAGAAGGGUAGGAAGGCCCGAGAGUAUACCACCACCAAGACCACAGGAAUCAAAGUAGUAGAUGAACUCUUCAGAGCUUCCACCCAGCCCCUCAGAGAGGCUACGGACCUCAGAGAAAAUGUUCAGAAUGCCAUGGUGUCCUUCAAGGAGCUCUGCGGCCUGACUCCUGCAGCCAACAUGAAGCAGUGUAUUCUGACCGUUUCCACCUGGCUGAUGAACAGUGAGCGAUCUCUGAGGGUAACGGUGGAUCUGAGUGAGACCUACCCCACUAUGGAGGCCCAGGGACCAGUCCCAGAGCUCUUGCGCAAAGUGCUGAAUGCCUAUGACAUGAUGAUCCAAACCAGCAAAACCCUGAUUGAGUCAGCUGAUGUCGUCUACUCUAAGCUCACACAGGCACAACGCUCAGGUCUGGACUUCCAUGAAGACCUGCAUCGGAUCGGAGCAAAAGAAGGUCUGAAGGGCCGAAAACUUCAGAAGGCCAUGGAGAGCUAUGCUUGGAACAUCACUGUGCUUAAGGGUCAGGCCGACCUGCUCAAGCACGCUAAGAGCGAGGCGCUGGACACUUUGCGUCAGAUCCACUGUGCAGCUCAGUCCUGUGGCCUGAGUAAAAAUGGAGCAGCUUCCCCACAGCUUCAGCAUCAUCCUUACCACCAACCGUCCCAAAUACAGCAACAGCCUCAGGCUAAGCUCCACCCACAGCCCCUACCACUCCACCAGUCCCAAACCUCUCCUCGGGUUUAUCUCCACCCCCAUCCACAGCUGUAUUCCCUGCCACAUUCCCAGCUACAAACUCUCCCCCUUGUCCAAACGGUCUUAAAACCACCAGCCUAUCCCCAGCCUCCACCCAUACCCCAGAAUCUGUUACAGAACCAGCAGCAGAGGGCAGCAGGACCCCUCGACACCAUCCCUGAGGGACAAAAAGAGAUGGUUGGCGACAAUCCUGCAGCAUCCUGCUGACUGGCAGCCUGUGCCCACAGAGAGUCCCACCUAAGUCGAGAAGUAGAGAAGCAGAGGGAUGUAGAUGAGACGCAGGAAGGUAAUAAGGUAAGAGAGACGGAGGAUGUUCAGGAGAGAGUGAAUGAGAUGGUGAAAAAGACUCGUCGUGCUAGAAGCAUAACGCGAGUCUGACAGGCGUUACGAACCAGUCAUGCGUUUCUCAGCAGAAAGACGCUCAAUUUGAAAACAUAAUCUCCCAUUUCAAUCGGAAAUUUGACAUUUUCUCAGUAAAAGAAUAACCGAUGGUUGCAGGUUUUUCUGGUUAGGAAUGCAUAUGGAUGACAUCCCUGUCUCUCUCUGGCCACUGCUUCUUUAUUUCACUGCGUACACCAGCUCUGUGGGUACAGGCUUUACCUCACUUUGGCGUUUUAUGCCAUAAAAAUGCCUUUUGGUUCCAGAGACACCCUGGCAUGUCUUUGAACUUUUAAUUUCUUCAUAUUUGCACUCCUUUGUCACCAUUUACAAGAAGAUGCUAAGUGCAAAACCUACACUCCUUUCAAUGAUGAGGAUGCCAUUUAAAAUUUAAAUGCACAAAUUAGAGCCGCUCUGCUGUGCUCAGCACUAGGUACCACACACACACGACCUUUUCAGCACAAACCAGGGAGCUCUUUCAUUAAAAUAGGAAAAAAAAAACAUCUGCAGCUGUUUAUUGACACUAAUGUGUAUUUUAUUGCUUCUGUCUGCCUUCACCAACACCUGCAUAUUCCUAGGAUCAUUCAAUAGGGUUUAAGCUCUUCAUCAUUCCUGGGACUCCCCCCACAGGAUCUCCUUGUCUCCUCCCCAGGGGCUGUGUUUAUGAUGUUCUGUAAGUUGGUGUUUUGGUCCCCAUGGUGGAGCUAAGCCAUAUCCUUAAGUGGUGGAGCUCAGCAAUCAUCAGCUAUAAUAUUUGGUCAUACCUGGUAGAAGUAAUGGUCAAAAUGAUCACGGUACAGCUGUUAAUAAAGUGACUAUAGAUGUAAACUGUGUGUAAAUUAUAUGAAGGGAACAUAUGUUGCUCUGAUAAUUCUCAGAUAUUGAAUGGUAUUCUAACUGUUGUAAGUUUUAUUCUUUUUUUGAACAUUACUUGCACAUCUGCAGUGAUUUGACACCUGUUGUUCUGUGGGUCGGGUCAAAACCAAGCACGUGGGACUGGGAUAAGUGAUGAUGAGUUAGAGCCACGACACCAGGGUCAAACAGUGACCUGGCAGAUGACUGUGGAAUCUGUAAGAGCUCCUUGAGGUUGCCCAUUAAAACUGGCUUCAUUGUUUAUCUCG